AUGGCUCCUAAAACACCCUACGACCCUGGCAAAGCCAGCACCAGCAACAAUGUCUCGCCGGAGGACGCAGUCCAGAGCACUGGCUACAAGGAGGAGGCUCAGCAGGGAUCCUCCACCCAGCGCUAUCUGGAGCACCCGUCGAGCAUUGCCGCCAACAACAAGGACGCUUCGGGCUGGCCCAUGAUACACAACAAUACUACCCCAUUCAGCAAGGAGCAGCCGUACGCCCCCUUUGAGGAGACACAGGCCAUGGCGACUGACGAGGGUAGCACCUGGAGUCAAGACUGGAAGGCGAAAGGCGCGGAACCCGAGGAGAAGAGCUCGGACAAGAAGCCCGAAGAGUGA